CCGUUGGGGUUCAACUGUUCAACAAUUCCGCGUCCCAUCGUCGGCUCGUCCCUCUCUCGAACCACCCAUCGCCCCAGCCGUCCUAAUCUGUCCUCUCAAGCCGUAGCCCCGAGUCGACUCCCCUUCUCAUCCCAAUUUACCAAACCCUAACCCUAACCCUCCUCAUCCAAUUUAUCUCACCCAGCGCGCGCGCGGCCGCCGUGGCGGGCGACCGAGGAUGCCGUCCGGGUCUACGCAGUUCCGGUACACACAGACGCCGUCCAAGGUGCUGCACCUACGGAACAUGCCGUGGGAGAGCACUGAGGAGGAGCUCGUCGAGCUCUGCAAACCAUUCGGCAGGGUUGUGAACACCAUGUGCAACGUCGGAGCCAACCGCAACCAGGCCUUCGUGGAGUUCGCAGAUCAAAACCAGGCAAUUUCAAUGGUUUCAUAUUAUGCUUCAUCUUCAGAACCUGCCCAAGUUCGUGGUAAAACUGUAUAUAUCCAGUAUUCAAAUAGGCAAGAAAUUACAAACAAUAAAGGCACUGGUGAUUCUUCUGGCAAUGUCCUGCUUGUCACCUUUGAAGGUGUCCAGCCUAAUGAUGUUAGCAUAGAUGUUAUCCAUUUGGUAUUUUCUGCUUUUGGGUUUGUUCACAAGAUAGCAACGUUUGAGAAAGCCGCUGGUUUCCAGGCACUUAUCCAAUAUACUGAUGCUCCAACUGCUCUAGAGGCAAAAAAUUCGUUAGACGGAAGAAGCAUACCGAGGUAUCUACUGGCUGAACACGUCAGCAUUUGUCACCUGCGCAUAACAUUUUCUGCGCACAAAGAUUUGAAUAUUAAAUUUCAAUCACAUCGCAGCAGGGAUUACACAAAUCCUUAUCUUCCUGUUAAUCCAACUGCAAUCGAGGGAAUCACACAGCCCAUAUUAGGCUCUGAUGGGAAGAUUAAGGAGCCAGAGAGCAAUGUACUUUUAGCAUCAAUCGAGAACAUGCAGUAUGCUGUGGGAGUGGAUGUUCUACACACUGUGUUCUCUUCUUUUGGUGCUGUCCGAAAGAUUGCAAUGUUCGAGAAGAAUGGUGGAAUGCAGGCUCUAAUUCAGUAUCCAGGGGAUGUAGACUGGCCCCGAUGCUCCUUUGCUGUAAUUUUUUCACUCUGUUGUUAACUCCUGACAAGCCAAGUCCAUAGGUGAUACUGAACUCUGUGGACAUCUUAAUGAUGCUGUGUUGAUUAUUGAGUUAAUAUUUGUUUAUGCGUCAAAGUUUCUGACUUCAGCAGAGAGGUCUUGGAGUCCCUGAAGACUUAAAAUGGACAUCUACAACUAUCCACAGCUAUAAAGUUACCUUUCGUAAUUUCUUAUUCUUUUCUUACCGUUUCCUGUAAGCAUAUUUACUUUCUUAGUAGAGGUUUGGUACAGUCAUGUCUUCCUGUCAUCUUAGUGUGGAUUGUCUUCCUCUUGGCACCCUGUUCUUCUGUCAGACGCCAGCUGCCUUAAUUGUUACCUUUUUGGAUAGAGUAGCAGUCACCAUGAGGAUGUAUCCAGUGCUUUCUAGCCUGACAGUGACUGGUGUGGUUGGUCCUAAAAUUGGUGCAAAUGGUCAGAAAAAAUUCUUAGAAAUUGUUGAAAGAAAAUCAAUCUACCAUGCCACAGAAUUUCAAACCUACAUUUUGGUCUACACAUUGGAGAAACCACUGAGACAAACUGCUGAACUUGACAAAGGAAAGAGAAAACACUGUUGACUGGAAUUUGUCUUUUUCUUCUUCUUCUCUCCUAAGGUAACAGUUGAAUUUAUGUAGAUUGCUUGAUUUUAUAUCAUUCUUGUGGUGGGUUUUGUUACGCCAUUUGUAUUUUAGGAACAUAAGGAAGUGAAUUAUGGGCUAACAGUCACAUCCUCUAGCUGCAACCUCUAUUGAGAGCACGUCUUAUACAUCUGUAGUCCAAAUGAGCAUCUCAGCGUCUUAUGUGUGAUCAAUUUAUCUAUCCUGUCUUUGAUGUUUCUUCGGAAGUGAGACAAAACAGACGGCAUUGCACAUUACAGUGUAUUUGUAAUCUAAAUGUUUAACUUGAGAGAAUCCAUAUUCAUAUUCACUACAACUUCUAGUUGUUCAGAAGUACUGCUAGAGCUAACAGAGUCCGUCU